AUGGACAGCAAUCAUUCACGCCACAGGCUACAUAUCUUCCAUGACAGCAGGUGCACGAAUCUUCAAACAGCAUUAAUACGCUUUUCCAAAAGGGGCAAUACUGAUAUUUUGUGGUGCAUUGCAAGAGUGGAAGUUGGUGAUGAUGAGCCACUCAUUAAAAAUAGAAGCAUAUCAAAUCUUUCGAUACAAUCAGCAGGACAUGCAUUUCACUUUUUUGUAAAUGGCGAAUAUUUAGGGACUCAGUAUGGAAAGAGGGAAAGCCCGAGGUUGAGGUAUUCAUCUGAUGUGAGACUAAGAGUUGGGACAAACACAAUUGCUCUCUGGAGCAUGACAGUUGGUCUACAGUAUAUUGGGCCCAAUUUUGAAUCUCGGAUUGCAGAAAUCAUUGGUCCAGUCACACUAGGUGGUUUUAAAGAAAGAGCACGUAGCUUAUCCAGGCAAAAGUGGUCAUACCAGCUCGGCUUCAAAGGCCAAUCAAAGGAUCUACAUAUACCAUCUGGGCAAUCCUCUGUUCAGUGGGUGAAAGGAGUGGCUGUUCCUUAG